AUGGGAGUACAUAGACGGAAUUCGGGAUUUCAGAUGGCGAGUCGGGGUUGUGAAAAUGGAUUGGGAAUUCUCCUGCUAUUCUUAGUGGAUUUACUCGGGAUCACGGCGACCAACAUGGAGCCCAUCUACUGGAAUUCCGUGAACAAAAGGUUUAGUGAUGACAAGGGCUAUGUCCUCUACCCUCAAAUCGGGGAUCGCCUGGACCUCAUUUGCCCCGCGUCUGAGCCGCCCGGUCCCCGUUCCCCUGCCGAAUACGAGUACUAUAAACUGUACCUGGUGUCAUCACGGGAACAGGCCGACAGGUGUGAAGUCACCGGAGCCCCCAACCUGCUUCUCACCUGCGAUAAGCCCAACAGUGAUAUGCGUUUCACCAUCAAGUUUCAGGAGUACUCGCCCAACCUGUGGGGUCACGAAUUUAAAACCAAUCAGGACUACUUCAUCAUCGCUACAUCAGAUGGGACGCGUCAGGGGCUGGAGAGCAUGAGAGGAGGAGUUUGUGCUACACAGGGCAUGAAGGUGGUGCUGAAAGUGGGACAGAGUCCAUAUGGUCUGCCAGCCAAAUCUCCCAAACCUGACCCUGCGGACCGUAUCAACAACCCAAAUCCAGGUGCUGGAAACAAAACGCAUCCCAGAAUUCCCCCUAGAAGUCCUGGUGGAGAAAACGGCCCUCUUCCCCCCUCCAACAUCGCAGUUAUCGCAGGUGCAGCAGGCGGUUCAGCUUUCCUGCUGCUCGUAACUGCCGUGAUCUGCGUAGUGUGCUACCGACGACGACACGCCAAGCAUUCCGAAUCACACCACCCUCCCCUCUCCCUCUCCUCCCUGACCUCGCCUAAACGGGGCUGCGUCGGGGGCGUAGGAGGCGGCAACAACAAUGGCUCGGAGCCUAGCGACAUCAUCAUCCCUCUGCGGACUUCUGACUCCGCCUACUGCCCACACUAUGAGAAAGUGAGCGGGGAUUACGGCCAUCCGGUCUACAUCGUACAGGAAAUGCCCCCUCAGAGUCCCGCCAAUAUCUACUAUAAAGUAUGAGAAACUGGAGACAACCUUACCGACAACAUCUGCUAAGACCACACCCACCUUAAUAAACAACGACCUAAAUCCCGCCCUCACAGUCUGCACCCCUAUAGAUCAGAUCCUUUUACCUUAACACGCAUUUCUCCGACACACUGACCGCCCGUGGUCGAGUGUGUCUGUGUGUGUGUGUUACAAUUCUUCGCAAACUCUCCCCAACUUCGGCCUUUUGUUGGAGAGAGAAUGUCCUGAUGUGAGGGCCUCCCUCUCUCUGACGUCCCACAUGGGGGAAAAAUUCUUAAAGCUAGAGAAGACUCCUGGAGUGAUUCAGCCAAGUGAAAACUCCUUUUUUGGGGGGGCUUUAUGGAGCACAAGCAUCAAAACUUUUUCUGAUGUACUUCCAAAAACUGAGACUAUAAACACAGAAAAAGAAAACUCAACCAGUCCAAACCUACAAAGACAACUUUGACUUUGAAUGCUACAUUUACUCACAAAUAGCAGUCUAGUUUGUGUUAAACUCCUUCGAAAGGGGGAGGGGCCAUUGAUUCAGCCAGUAGUCACACAGGGCUGCAGUCAUGUGAUCUAGGACCCAUGUGUUUGAUUGGUGGAGUUGUAGUGGCGUGGAGAAUCUUGUAUAUUUUAAUAACGUGUGUAUUUUGUGAGUGUGUAGGAUAAAUAUUCCGGCACUGCUGUUGCACGUUGCGACUGGUGUGCUUCAGUACAACUCGCGAGUGUUUUUGUGCGUGAAUGAGUGUGUGUUUGAGUAAACGUGUUAGCGUGAGCAUGGGCGCGUGUGUUUGUUAGACUGUUUUAAAACCAAAAUACAAAAAUAUGAGCGAACAUCACAAAAGGUUUUUUAUCGCUUUCAACACAAUAGAUUAUAAUUAUAUAUGAAUACUCAGUAAAAUAAUUUUUAGAUUUCCUUUUUAUGUAAUGUUACAGUUUGCUAGGCCUAAUUUUUUCCCCCUGUUUUUUAUGACAUGCUGACCUUGUUUCUCUCCAUUUUUGAGUUGUAAAUUAAUUUAAUGCUUUCAUUCUGUUGCGGAAACGGAGUUUGUCUGGUUCCCCCUCAUUUUCCUCUUUCCCAGGAGGAAAAAUGUCAUUCCUACACAUAUAUUUUUAUUACUCCUUGUACUCUGAUGUAGUUUUGAAGCUAGACCUCGUUUGUGAAUGUGUUGAGGUAGAACAAUCCGAGAAGGUUUUUUUUUAUUAUUAUUUUUAAAGACGCUGGGGAAAAAAGGGGGAAAAAACAGAAAGGAGGGAAGAAUAGGAUGAGGGUGAAAUAAAAAGAAAAAAUGCGAACACGGCCUGUCGUGAAAGCAAACGCACGAGUAAGGAAACUUCUAGUAAAACUGUGAAACUAUGGAAGAAUGACACAGUAAAAGAAAAAAAAUAGGGGAGAGGGAGGUGGGGGGAGAAAAGUAAAGUCAAAAGCUGAUUGAAGGAGAAGAGAGACAGAGUGAGAGAGAGGGAUGGAAAGGUUUUUAAUAAACUCGUCUGAAGCUGUGGAAGACGCAGAUUUGGGCCCAAUGGUCUUCUGAGGUACAAAGAGACAGAUGAGGGGAAGAAAGAAACUCAUUCUCUCAGAUGGACAACAGGAUAGAUGGACACAGAAUUACUUUUUUCCAGACACACAGUGCUCUUUUUUGUUCACAUGAAGUGAAGUGGAAAUAUUUCUAGACUCAUUUCAAAUUCUUGAGUAUGGGACACAUCUCAAUUAAGUAGACAUGUUCACACACACACACACACACACGGAGAACGACUUGAUGGCCAUGGCACAAAGAAAAUCUCUUUUGGAGAUUUUCAUCUCACACACACAUGAACAGCUCCAAAACACAAUCAAAAGCCAUUCUGAUUGGGCAUAUAUGCUGUUUACCUCAACAAAUGCCAUGAUUAGCGUUGUUCUUUCACAUUCUCUCUCUCUCUCUCUCUCUCCCUCUAUCUAUCUCUUUCUCUCUUACACACACACACACACACUCACACAUACACACAUUCAAUCAUGCAGCCUUGUAACUAGCUUUGUGUGUGUGUGUCUCUCUUUUAGUGCCAAUGAAAAUCUCUCUUUUCUGCCUGAAGUAUACUCUACGCAAGUAUGUGAGCGUAAACGCUUGUGUUAGAACAGUUGCAUUCUCAGGACAUAUUAACAUAAACUUAAAUCUUGUAUGGUCAGUUUUCUCUGACAUGGCGGAUCAACAGUUUGGGAAAGAAUCUUAGAAAGCUAGUUAGCUGCUGUUAGUCAAUGGCUGAAUUUGGAGUAGGAUACUACUCUUAAAAUGUCUGUCAUAUAGUAUGUGCUAUUUCUAACUUAUGCUGUUUUGAAACGUUAGCUAAAGCACCCGGCAUACUAAUAAACUAGUAUACUAUUACGAAUACAGCCUUUGACUAGCUUUAGCUAAUUAGCAGAGGAAAAUGAGCUAAAUGGCAGAAAUAGUAAGUACAGAGCUCCAUACAUGAGGGUGGGGUGGUGGGGAGGUCCGGACAAAUUAAUUACAAAUCAAUAAAUCAUAGGAUUUCUUCAUCUGUGAUCAGUUUUUCCCCUCCACAUAUAAUGUGCAGGACGCCAUAACAAAAGUAGUAAGCUAGUAUAGUAUUCCAAAAAAAGCUAAACUUAGCAGGUCACAACGUUCUUGCACUUGCAAUGUGUUGACCAAACAUUAGCGUCCACAUACUUGCAAAGCAUAUGGUUCUGGCCUUGUUUCACUGCAAUUGUCACCGUGUGUUUUGUAUGUGUGUAAAAGAAUGUUAUCGCUAAGAAAUACACUGCAUACAUGCAAAUAAUAACAAGAUAUUCAUACCAAAAUAUGUUGGUGGUUUUAUUUUGCAGAUGUGAUUUGAGACUGACGUUGGGACUUGAACAAUCUGUUACUGUUUUCAAUCUGCCUAGAAAGCUUCAACAUUUGUCUCUCAAAAGCAUUUCGUUUUGUGUCACUCCGGUGCAUCAAGACUGUGAGAAAAAAGAAACACGACAUUGUUUUCCUGUCACAUUGAUGUUUUCUUCUUACACGCCAAUUUGGAUUUUGUUACUUCAAUAUCAAGUUGCCUAAAAUGUGGAGGUGUUACGUUUGUUCGGCGCUAUUGUAUUCGUGGGCUGUUUCAUAUAUAUAUAAGCGUUCGAUUUCUGUUCAAAUUCUGUUGCAUUUACUAAAUCAAUCAGUGUAAGCCAUGUCUCUGACCCUGUGCACAUGGACUUGGAUACGUUUGUGUGUAUGUGUGUGCGUGCAGGUGUGCGUAUGUCCGAAACACACGUGGACAUCGUUCAAAGAUGGACGGACUGAUGCAGAGGGUGUGCUGUUGCGUUCGGAUCACAGAGGACACACGAGGAGACACAAACUCUCUCUGCUCAUCAUCCUUGCUUUUUUAGGUCUCGUUUAUCGAUCAUCUGACCUCAGAAAUGUCCAUAUUCUAUCUUUCACAUCGAGCAGUUCUUUGUGCACUUGCUUUCACCACAAACGCUGGGACCAGUAUUCUGUACGCAGACACAAGCGGGGACGAAACAACAAAGUGUUUUUUUUUUUUUUUUUAGAGAACGCUUCGGUUGUGUGUACGUGUUUCUCUGUGCCAAUAGCCAGCGGGUGGCGGCCACUUUAAAGACCUCCAUUCCUCUCCAGUGAUGUGUUCAGACGUUUGUAAACCACCAUGUUUGUGUGUGCUGUUUUCUUUUCCGUGUCCAUCCCUCCAUCUCCCAUCCUCACGACCCCUCUCGUUUUCCCUCCUGCCAACAUGCCUUUAAAAGGGUUAAACAACUAAUACAUUCCUUUGAAGAAAUGUUGAUUAAAACACACACACACACAAAAAAAA